GCGCGAUCAUUACGAAUGGGAAUGGUUUCGAACAGCCGGCCCGUUGGGAACUUUCCGCUGCAAAGCCAAUAUUGGCACGCAUGUCUAGUUACGGCCGGCCACCUUGUGAAUCAGCAACUUUGCAUGGCAUUGUGCCAAUCUGUCACAGAUUCUGUGGGGCAACUUUGCGCGUUGCUGUUCUUCGUAAAACUGGUGAAAGUGGGAGGACGGCAGGCCGGGCGAGAACCCUGGACAAGCCGAAGAGGCUGUGAAAGGGUUGAGCUAACAAGAUGAAUCGGGAGAAGCUCGCCAAGAUGGCCAGCUCCGUUAGGACGGGGGGGAAGGGCAGUGUCAGGAGGAAGAAGAAGGCUAUCCACAAGACAACCACAACAGACGACAAGAGGUUACAAAACACGCUCAAAAGACUAGGAGUGAAUCAAAUACCGGGCAUUGAAGAAGUCAACAUUUUCAAGGACGAGACUGUCAUUCAUUUCGUCAACCCAAAGGUCCAAGCCUCCAUCGCUGCCAACACCUACGUCGUCAGCGGGACCUCCCAAACAAAGAAGCUGCAGGACCUGCUCCCCGGGAUCAUCAACCAGCUGGGCCCCGAUAACCUGGCCAACCUGAAGAAGCUGGCGUCGCAGUACCAGGGCCAGGCCGGCGCCGGCGACGCUGCUGACGAUGACGAUGACGACGACGACGUGCCCGACCUCGUUGAGGGUGAAAAUUUCGAGCAAGCUGCAAAAGAAUAAAUGAUGUAAGAUUAAGGGUAAAGUUUGUUCCACGGAUCUGUGUCGACGGUCUUGGUUUCAGAACGAGGGGGUAACAUUGUGGGCCAAUCCUUUGUAUAGACAGUGACCGCCCUGGCGGCUGCUUGUGUCGUGGAGACGCAAAUCAUGUCCUCCACUGAAGUUCUGUUUCCACUCUUCUCAAGUCGGCUGGUGAUCGCAAAGCUGUGCACGGGGCCUCUCGCGCGUCAUGUUGCCAGACGUUUCCUAGCUCGGACUUGCCAACUUUAUGUCGCAUACUCUAUUGGUGCAUGUGUCCGAAGAAAUGUACAGCAGAUUGGUUGAAUGUGCGAGUCGCUUGCUUUAUUGAAU